AUGCCCCACUCCACUCCUGGGCGAAUUAAACUUUCCGAGCCUCCAAAUCUUCACCUCCUGCGCGCCGCCUCGGCGCCCGCCGCGCCCUGCGCACCGCGGUUCUGGGGCCUGAGGGCGGGCGCCAUCCGGACGCUGCGCACCGGCCCCAAUCUGCUCUCGGUGCGCAAAUUCACAGAGAAACAUGAAUGGAUAACGACAGAAAAUGGUAUUGGAACAGUGGGAAUCAGCAAUUUUGCACAGGAAGCUUUGGGAGAUGUUGUUUACUGUAGUUUGCCUGAAGUUGGGACAAAAUUGAACAAACAAGAUGAGUUUGGUGCUUUGGAAAGUGUGAAAGCUGCUAGUGAACUCUAUUCUCCUCUGUCAGGAGAAGUAACUGAAAUUAAUGAAGCCCUUGCAGAAAAUCCAGGACUUGUCAACAAAUCUUGUUAUGAUGAUGGUUGGCUGAUCAAGAUGACACUGAGUAACCCUUCAGAACUAGAUGAACUAAUGAGUGAAGAAGCAUAUGAGAAAUACAUAAAAUCUAUUGAGAACUGAAAAUGGAACCCCCCUCCUAAAUAAAGUAGUAUGAAACAACUUAAUCUAGUAUAGUCUUAGUGGUGGAUAGAAGAUUUAAAAUUGCAACUUUUAGCAAUUAUCAGUGGAAAAAGAAACAACAACAAUGCUACCGGGAGAAAAUACCCCUUAACUUUCUAAUGACUGCAAAUAAACAUAAUAUGCAUCUUUUUCACAACACCCAAGAUUUUUAGGCUAGACUACAGUUAUAAAUAUCCAGAAUUCCUGAAAUUAUUUGUGGUAAAAUCUAGUUACAAAAAUUAUGUAAGUCAAGGAUAACGUUAUCUUAAGCCUUAUAUAAUAUUGUAACUUGGAUUUGGAUCAAAUUACUUAAUGAUCUUUCCAUUGGAAAUAACUGGCAGUGGAGAGAAGUUGUUUGUUGUUACAGAGUCAUAUGACUGAACAAUACUGUCUUCAUUUUGCAAUAUACUGCAUUUGCUGGUGCUAUUUUUAUACAGUGAAGCAACAGCUUUGCAGGAAAAGUUUAAUAAUAAAACAUUCAACUUCAUUAA